CAUUCGUUGCUGUUUCCCAGGAACACAUCAGAAUGCCUGAACCCGCCAAGUCUGCGCCCAAGAAGGGCUCCAAGAAAGCCGUGACCAAGACGGCCGGAAAAGGAGGCAAGAAGAGGAGAAAGACCAGGAAGGAAAGCUACGCCAUCUACGUCUACAAGGUGCUGAAGCAGGUCCACCCCGAUACCGGCAUCUCGUCCAAGGCCAUGAGCAUCAUGAACUCGUUCGUCAACGACAUCUUUGAGCGCAUCGCCUCCGAGGCUUCCCGUCUGGCUCAUUACAACAAGCGCUCCACCAUCACCUCCAGGGAGAUCCAGACGGCCGUGCGCCUCCUGCUGCCCGGUGAGCUGGCCAAGCACGCCGUGUCUGAGGGCACCAAGGCGGUCACCAAAUACACCAGCUCCAAGUAAACCUGCUGUUUACCAUCUAAACCACAAAGGCCCUUUUUAGGGCCACACAAAUGCAACUAAGUGCAAGAAACUUGUACAUUAACUAUUCAUUAUCACAUUGCUUAAUUUCUUAAAUGCUCAUGUAAAAGGGAAUUACUACAUUGGUAUCCAUAAAAUCCUGUAAAGUACUUUUUGUAUUUCCUUUGUCAACUCAGGCUUUCUUAACUUGAAACAUUUGAAUAAGACUAGAAACAAAAUUAAUUUCAUCUAA